AUGCUCCUCACCCUCCGAGUCUAUCAGCUGCCUUGGGGCUUGUGCUUGGCUGCCGCCGUCUUCUACAGCCUCCACCCCUGGUUCUGUGAUGUUGGUGGUCAGUUGCGCCUGGUCUAUUGGAUGCAUGCUGGCGAAGCGGCGGAGAUCUUGGAAACGGCGAAAGGCAACGCCGUGGUUCUGGAGAAGAGCAGCUUCGAUGACGGGGAUAUCAAUGCCCAGCGCGUGGAAGCCUUACGAAGUUUUGUACAGCGGGUGUCGCCAGAAUGCGAACACGAUGGAACCAGCGAGCGCACGGAUCAUAGCGAGAGUGAGUCGGAGCACGAAGGUGCCCGAGCGAAGCGCCCGCGCGAAGGCGGGCGAGAAACGGAGCCCGACGUCGCGCCGGCGAAGGAGAGGGAAGACGCGAGAUUUUUGACAGAGGCGCUGGAGAGGACGUGGUUUACGUACGUGUCAGCGAACCCGAAGGACCUGGACGCGCAGAUCACGGCCGAGGAAAUCAGCGAAGGGGCGAAGCAGAUCUACCGUGCAUUGGCGGGGAAAUACCAGGACGUGAACGGUAAGAAGCAGAAAGUCAUGGGAGACAUGACGAAAGUGCGCCACGUCCCGGGCCUAGGUAGAGCUGCCCACAAGUUGCUCGCGAACAUCGAGCACACGUCCCGGCGGCUACCAGGGACGCAAGAGACACGACGGGUCAUGCGGUUCCAAACGAACGCGCUCCGCGUACGGUACGGGGUCCCCAUUUUCGUUACCUUUUCUCCCGACGAAGGGCACAAUAUGAUCAUGGUACGGUUGUCGCGCACGCGGCGCCGUGACCCCGUCCACAAUGCGGCGGACGACGCCGACGACGCGGCUGCGUCACGGGCCGCUGGUAGUAAGGAGUGGCCACAGGUCGCUCCAGAGACGGAUGAUGUGCGCGCGGCAAUCCCGCUGGCGGCGAUCCUGUCGCGAGUGUUGCGGGGAGACCCGAUGGACUGGGAUGCAAUCGAGAAGGAGUUCAUGCCUGCAGGGAUGUGCGCACUGUGCUCGUCGGUGAAGUACAAGAACCAGUACGCGGUCGGGCAGUGGAGCCGGGACGACGGUCGCCGCGUGUGCCAGGUGUGCUUGGAAGGCAAGAAGAGCAGUGGCACGCCGUGGCAGUGCACGGAAUGCUUUCUGUGGAAGGGCCAGGAUGCGUUCCAUGCAUCCCAGCACCACAGCUCGAGACUCACGUCACGGCGUUGCGUGGACUGUCCUGAGAGGCGAAAGUGUUAUGUAUGCGAGGGCCGGAAGUACGAGGAGGCGUUCGUGGGUUUGCAGUGGGACAAG